GAUUUUCUGAUUUUCUUUCUUUCUUUCUUUCUUUCUUUCUCUCUUUCUCUCUUUCUAUGUGUUGUAUGGUGAAGUAUUUCCUCGAGUAUAUCUUCUCAAGCUUGGUAAGUUAUGUACAGAGGGAGUUAUGUACCAGACAGGUUGCUUGGUUGACAGGUUACUUGGUUGUCAUUGGUGAUGUUUUGUUUUUAUGCCAACUUGAGAAGAUCAGAAUUAUCACGAAAAUUCGCGGUUCCCAGCCCCAGCAUUCACUUCACUUCCCUUCAAUUCACUUCAUACUUCACUUGGAACUUCUGCUGACAUGGCAACAAUUUUAAAUUGAUCGCAGUACAAUAUGUGACACGAUUUGGUAACAAUAUUUGAAUGAUUGAUUAUGUUUACUCUACUCGAUCAUAUUCACAAUUUUGGAUUUCAAUAUUUAAUCAUUAAUAUAUUAUAAUUAUUAUAAUUAUUAUAAUUAUCAUCAUCAUCAUCACCACCACCAUCAUCAUCAUCACCAUCUUCCUCAUCCAUCAAAAUAUGCCAUAACAAAAAUGGCAACUUCACCUCCUACCAGAGAAUCAUCCCCAUUCCCUACCCUCGCCCCUUCAAAUCAAGCUUCACACAUUGCACCACCAUCUCCGCGCCGAGCUUUACGAAGAUUACAGUCCGCCCACACAUUAGGUUCAACAUUUAAUCAACCAUCCUUGAUCGCACAACAACAUAAACAAGCUUUACAAAGGAUUAUUCCGCCCGUGCCAAAAGAUGCAACUCAAUUUUCAAAUGCAACAACAACAACAACAACAACAACAACAACAACAACAACAACACGUUCCAGAGGAAGAUCAAAUAGUGAUGUGACGAAUAUGGUCCCAGUUCCAACGUCUAUGGCUAGACGUCCUACAGCCAACAGAAAUCUUACCGCCUCCGAAAGCAUGUCGUUGGAUCGUUUACUUCGAGAUGGUCCUCCAGAUGGAGAUAUAAUUGGUAGUUUGGAGAGUAUGAGAUUGAAGAUAUUGGAUCAAGGUGUGAAGAGUGAUAGUGAUGGAAUGGUAUGUCAAUUCUUUCAUCUGUCUCAAUAAAUACUGAUAUCUUUGAUAGUCCUCUUUGCGCAUCUACAUCUGGUUAAUAUUACUCAAUGCCCCUCCUCUCGAAACCGACGCGUAUCUAUCACUCAUCCACCGCGGCGCAUCUCCUGCAUAUUCCAAAAUACGAAAUGAUACUUUCCGAACCCUUGCCACCGAUCCUCUAUUUCGACGUCGUGUCAGCGAAGCCAGUUUAAUCCGACUUUUAAAUGCAGUAGCAUGGAAAUUACACGAUGCGAAAGAAGCGCGAGCAGAUUUUCGAAAUAUACAAAAUAGAAAAAUCAUCGAGGCAACGAUUCGAGGUUCUCCUGAGCGAGGUUCACAAUCACCACAUAUGAGAUCUAGAGCUCGUGCUCUGACUUUAACAACCGAAGGUUCUGAUGUAGGAGCUGGAGAACCGGGUACUUAUGUUCAAGGCAUGAAUGUACUCGCUGCACCAUUUCUCUAUGCUGCUCGUAGCGAAUCCGAAGCGUUUGUUGCUUUUCAUCGCUUUAUAACAACUGAAGUUCCUGGAUAUGUGAGAGGUGCUAUGGAUGGUGUUCACAAGGGACUCGCGCUGGUAGAUAAAGUGCUAGCCAUUGUUGAUCCUAAAUUGAGUCUUUAUUUAAUUGGUAAAGGUAUGAGUGCUGAAAUUUAUGCUUUCCCUUCAGUACUCACUUUAUGCGCAUGUACUCCGCCAUUACCAGAGGUACUCCGUCUUUGGGAUUUCUUAUUUGCGUAUGGUGCGCAUCUUAAUAUCCUUUGUAUUGUGGCACAACUUGUCAUUUUAAGGAAUUCAAUCUUGAGUUCUCCUAGGUAAGUUAUCCAAGGAAGUUCUUCUACUAUUUAUAGAUUAGCUAACAAUCAUCUGUCAAAAGUCCUACAAAAAUCCUCCGAUCUUUCCCUCCUUUACAAGCGGAUACGAUUAAAGAAUUUACUCUUACUAUCAUCAAGAAAAUACCAGAUGAUGUUUAUGCGGAAAUUGUUAUGCAUGCUAAAUAAUGAUUUGGCUUGCAUUUGUGGUUGGCGUUGUACAUGGGGGUUGUAUGUAAAAGUAGGGGUUAAGGGGUUUGGGAUGGUUGCUAUACCUACGUAUGAAUGAUAUCAUGAUGAAGUUAUGUUCUGAGGAAAUGAUCAAAGAUCAAUGGCCGGGUUGGAUUGGAUUGGAUUAGGUUGGGCUGGGUUGGGUUGGGUUAGGAUGGGUUGGGUUAGGAUUGGGUAUUCUUGUUAUGGAUGGUUGGGAGGUCUGGAGGUUUAACUGAAUGGGUAUGAAUAUGAACAUGAAUAUGAGUAUGAAUAAUGAAUGAUAUUAUAGAUAGGUUAUGUCAAGUAUAAACUUGAGUGUAACAUAUUUGUCUCCCCUAUCCGAAACUCGAGUCCGUUCAAUCUGUGGUUUUGCAGCUCCACAAGUGUGUAGCUGCGUCACGUCUAUUUCAAUAUCGAUUGAUCGAUCGAUUAGCUCUUUCCUACAUACACACUUGGCGAAUAAACAUUCUUUAGAUGGAUAGAUGAAUAGAUAGAUGAUAUAUAAUCAUCGUCUUAUUCUGUUUUCAUGAAAUAAUUAUUCCGUUAAAGAUAUAUACUACUCUCUUAUAUCUCUUACAUCCCCUCCCGUCCCACCAAUCAAAAAAAGUA